AAGGAAAUAACUAACUACUCCACUACUUCCCACUUACUAACAACUUGCAACAAAUAUCUAACAAAUUUCCAAUUAUUACAUAACUAUGAGUUAUUAAUUGAAUUAGUUCAUUUAACUAAUUCCAACCAUAUCACUUAGCAAUCCAGAAUUCCAGAGGGUCAUAUCUCCAGUGUUGGUGGGACGAAAACCCAUAUCAGAUGCAUAAGGUGCGGGGUUGAGAUAAGCUCUUGAAAGCUUCAUGUUUUGGAAGAUGUCGGGCAUUGUGAUCAUCGUGCAAUUUGCUAUAUGAGUGUAUUAUGCCAUAGGUGGUAAUUUUUCUAGAACAAAAAUAUUUCAUUCCACUAUAAAUUUUGUUUCGAUUUGCUAUGACUCAAAUACCACCUUCUGCCCCAAAAGAUGGGGUCGAUCACUCUGAUGGUGGCGGCUCACCGCUCAAUAAAGCUGAAAACUCUCACGAAGAGAGAGAAAAAAAAGAAUUUGAGUCGAAGAGCCAAGGAUGUCGAAAUUUCCGUGCCAAUUGUUUAUGGAACCAUUGCGUUUUGGCUUGGUCGGAAGGCAACUGAGUCUCAAUCACAUAAAUGGACAGUCUAUGUUCGUGGGGCAACAAAUGAGGAUUUGAGUGUUGUAGUUAAGCGUGUUGUUUUUCAACUCCACCCCAGUUUCAAUAACCCUAUCAGAGUUGUUGAUUCUCCACCUUUUGAAUUGUCUGAAUGCGGUUGGGGUGAAUUUGAGAUUGCCAUUUCACUCUACUUCCACAGUGAUGCAUGUGACAGGAAAUUGGACGUAUUCCACCAUCUAAAGCUAUAUCCUCUAGAACAGAGUGGUCCACAGUCUACCAAGAAGCCUGUUGUUGUGGAAUCAUAUGAUGAAGUUGUUUUUCCUGAUCCUUCCGAGCUCUUUCUUGGUCGCGUGCAGAAUCACCCUGCUGUUGUUGUUCCUCGGUUUCCUGCAGGUUUAGAGCUACCACCCUCCGCUCUGACUGAAGAAAACAGUGAUCGGAGAGGGAGCACUAAAGAUCACCCUCUAGGCCAUUGGUUUAUGAAUUUUUCAGAGGCAGAUGAACUUCUCAAACUUGCCGCAGCUCGUCAACAGGUACAGGCUCAUAUUGUUAAGCUAAGAAGACAAAUGAGUAUGGUGGAAGGCUCUUCUGGGACUGUGGAUCCUGCCUCGGCCUUUUAAAUGUAUUUUCUGACUAAGAAGAAAUAGCUCCUGUGCCAGCUUUCUUAGCUUGGAUUGCUGAUGCAUGUGGUGAAAUUUACAAUUAAGACUUCAUAGUUUAACAUGAACUCUUCUUUUCUUGUAAAUAAGUUUGGAGUAAAUUGUAUUUGACACAGCUUUAGGUCUUCAAUUGUUUAUGGAUAUGUUAUGUGCUACAUUACGUCCUUUUCCUCAUAAUUUUAAGGACAUUGAUCCAAGUUACAAAAAUUACGAAGUACAUAUUAAUUUUUUUAUA